GCGUGUGUGUGUGUGUGUGUGUGUGUGUGUGUGUGUGUGCAAUUAUAUGUAGUUAUUAAGAACAGGAUUAUGUUGUUGUUGUUUUUUUUCGUGCGACGUGACCGGGUGGGUGUGAGUUUGUUCACGCCUUCCUAUUGUUCGGAAGUAGCAUGUGGCUUAUUCAUUUAUGGCGUGUGUGUGUGUGUGCAUUUAUAUGUAGUUAUUAAGAACAAGGAUUCUGUUUUUUUUUUUUUUUUCGUGCGACGUGACCGGAUGGGCGUGAGUUUGUUCACGCUUUCCUAUGUGUAAAAAAAUGUAGAGCAGUAGCAUGUAGCUUAUUCAUUUAUGGCGUGUGUGUGUAGUUAUAUGUAGUUAUUAAGAACAGGAUUAUGUUGUUUUUUUUUUUUUUCGUGCGACGUGACCGGGUGGGUGUGAGUUUGUUCACGCCUUCCUAUUGUUCGGAAGAAGAAUGGCUUGUGGUUUUGGGCAUGUGCGAGCGUGUUUGCAUACAUGUGUGUGCGUGUCCCCUAUAACCUGGGGUAGCCUCGGAAGAAGAAAAGGCUUGUGGUAGUGUGCGCCUGUUUUUUUUUUUUUCGUGCGACGUGACCGGGUGGGUGUGAGUUUGUUCACGCUUUCCUAUGUGUAAAAAAUGUAGAGAAGUAGUAUAUAGCUUAUUCAUUUAUGGCGUGUGUGUAGUUAUAUGUAGUUAUUAAGAACAGGAUUCUGUUUUUUUUUUUUCGUGCGACGUGACCGGGUGGGUGUGAGUUUGUUCACGCCUUCCUAUUGUUCGGAAGAAGAAUGGCUUGUGGUUUUGGGCAUGUGCGCGCGUGUUUGCAUACAUGUGUGGGCGUGUCCCCUAUAACCUGGGGUAGCCUCGGAAGAAGAAAAGGCUUGUGGUAGUGUGCGCAUAUGCCCCAAAUAACCCCGGGUAGCUUAGUCAGUCCCCUAACGUUGCGAGAGGAGCAUCAUGGAGGAAGUCUUCGCCGUCAUGAACUUACAACAACAACAGCCCCACGCUGCCGCUGCAACUCUUCAUGCUGACGAUGUUGACGAUCAGAUAAUGGGUCAAGCCGCAUUAGAAGUUGAAGCCAUGGAUAACACAUCCCAAGCUGAAGCCGUGGAUAACACAUCACAUCCCAGAAACGGAGCGGAUGUUGGUGGUGGUGAGGUGGGGGAUGUUCCAGAAACUCCCAAGUCUACCGGUGAACACAUCACGGGCGAGUCAUUGGGCAACAACAACCGCGGCGCGUUGGGAGGUGUCGGUAAAAUGGGGCGGCGCGUGCUGAGAGAGGGGCUUCUGCGACUUCUGAAGGAUGUGAUACCUCCAUUACCAGUGUCUCGUCUGAAGAACGACCCACCGGCCAGCGUAACGCAUAUCCACGGCAACAACAACAGACACGCUUCGGUGAUGGUGUGUCUUGACUCUCCGUCGGGCGCUGAAUCGCGAGAGCGGCGGCGAAGUCGUCUGCAGCAAAAAGAUCAUGAAAUGCGUCAAUCACGACUGGAAAAAAAAAUGCAGCAUAUGGCGGAAGUGUCGCGGCAGCUCCAGCAACAGGAGACGCACCAGAGACGACAAGAUCGCGACCGGGGACAAGAACGGCGGCGAAGAAUGACAAAGAAUAAUAUGCCGAAGCAGCAAGAACACCGGGACCCAAGACUGUCUCAGAAGAGCCUCCAUAAAGUUGGGAGAAAAAAACUUCAGGUGGCCAAACGUCAGGCGGGUCUCUUCUCCUCAGCGGCGGCGUACGGUCGGGGAAAACCAAUGAAAAAAAAUCUCUCUGUGACCAAGAAACUCGUCUUUGAAGACCCACCAGCGCGGCGUGCAGCAGCAGCAGCGGCCGCUGGAGAAAAUCUCGCGCCACAACCGGGCCCUUCCAAUGCGGCUCGUGCGGACGAAACAAAUGAAAGCUUCUCAAGCACUGACCUUCCUUCAGCUUUCAAUUCUUUGAAUUUUUCUCAUAGCAUGGACGUGAAUAAUAUUAUAAAUGUUCUUGAUGAGAGUCCUAUAUUUAGUGCUUAGCAAUUUUUUUUUUUUAUAUAUGUACUCGCUCUGUGUGUAUUACUUUUUAUAUAUAUGCUUGUGUUGUGUAUUUUUUUUCUUCAUUUUUUUUUUUAUGGCGAUUGUGUAUUUUUGUUUUUAGGCUUAGCAUGUAUUUAGUCUGGAUUAAGAAAGAACAAAUUAGCCUGGAUUAAGAAAGAACAAAUAAAAUAGACUAGUAGGCUUAGCAUGUAUUUAGUCUGGAUUAAGAAAGAACAAAUUAGCCUGGAUUAAGAAAGAACAAAUAAAAUAGACUAGUAGGCUUAGCAUGUAUUUAGUCUGGAUUAAGAAAGAACAAAUUAGCCUGGAUUAAGAAAGAACAAAUAAAAUAGACUAGUAGGCUUAGCAUGUAUUUAGUCUGGAUUAAGAAAGAACAAAUUAGCCUGGAUUAAGAAAGAACAAAUAAAAUAGACUAGAUUAAGGUAAUAUAAUAACUUGUCAUACCAUUUUUUUCCACUAUAUUUCAAUAAAAAUGUAUAAAAUCUACUUUUCCCGUUCCUACCCCUCACUGAAAAG